AUGUCAGGCCAACCCCUCCCCAUCGUGAUCCCCCAGCAACGCCCCGGCUCCAAAGGCCGGGGCUUCAUCGCCGCCUACGCCCCAUCCCUUGAAUCCUCCGGCAUCGAUCAAUGGACCUUCCUCCAAUUCCUGCACGACACCAACACCGCGCUCCAAGGCAACAAAUGGCUCCUCGGCGUGUCCGUCGUGUCAGGCGUCGCAUCCUUCAGCCCUGAGGUCAUCUCCAUGGCGGUAGCAACGGCCAUCCAGGUCGCCGCAACUGCAGCCAACAAGGCGCACAUCAAAUACAAAACCAACGCCACCAUCGACCGCUACAACGAAGAGCUCUUCGGCCCUGCAGGCCUCUACUGCAUGAUCAUGAAAUACGACCCCCAGGACCAAGAAGACCGGAGACUCCGAUCUGCCGAGAGCCCCGUCAAACAACUGGGCGCCUUCGCCAGUCGAUUCCAGGACUCCCGCACCUCAUCCCUCCGCGGCUCGCUAUCCACUUUGAAAUCUCUCUCCUCCCGAGGCUCGGAAUCAUCCCAACCCUCCCGAAAUCCCCUCAUUAAACUGGGGAGCAAGUUCCAAGACCCCGUCUCAGGUCAGGUGCAAGGCUCUUCGAGCCUACCCGCGGAAGUCGCCCCGCUCAUAUACAUCGACGAUCGCCGUGAGUUCAAGGAAAUGCUGAGGCAGGCGACGACCGUGGAAUCAGUGCCGGUUGGCGAUGAGGCUGCGAAGCGGAAGAAAUCCAAACCGAUGGUCGCGAAGGCGGCGAUUGACGAUUAUCUUGAUCGGAGGGCACGAGCACGCUAUACCACCGAAAACGAAGGCGACAUCCUCAACGUCCCGCUGACCCGCGGCUUCGAGAACCGCUACCUCGACCCCAACCACCCCGCCGUCAACGGCGGUCUGGUCGGCUUCUUGUCCGGCGGCCAUAUCCAGCGCGACAAGGGAUUUAUGGUGCGCAGCGCCCUCCGCCAAGUCGAGAAAGACGAGAAUGAGAUCCGCGAUCGGUAUUACCGCGAGCUCGAUGACAUUGAGCGCCAGAAUCUGCCCGAACAUGAGAUUGAGCGACAGCGCCAGGAGUGUGAUCGCCGGUAUGCGCGGCCCUUACAGGAGUAUCAGGGGAAGAGGAGGGCGUUGGAGCAGGGAGAGAGGUCGAUUAAGAAGGAUAUUCUCUACUUGACGAUUGUGAAUCGGCCGUCGGACGCGGAGUUGGCGGCGGCGAGUGAGAGGUUGAGUCGUGGUGAUUAUGCGGGUGUGAACCCGGUUGUGGGGGCGGAUAUGUAG